AUGACAGCGUCAUUACUGCUGCGUCCCCGCUGGAUUGACCCGGUGAUGUUCCUGUACGACAACGGUUCAGAUGAAGUGAACAAAAACAUGGAGGGAUUUGCGGGAGGUAACUUUGCUGCAAAUCAGUGUAGGAAUCUUAUGGCCCAUCCGGCAUCACUGGCGCCCAGCACUGCAUACUCAUCGACUGAGGUGCCAGUAUCUGGCAUGGGCGAACCUGUCAAACAGUGUAGCCCCUGUUCGGCAGCCCAAAGCUCAUCCAGCGCCUCUCUGCCAUAUGGCUAUUUCGGCAGCGGCUACUAUCCAUGCAGAAUGUCACAUCACAGCAGCAUCAAGUCUUGCGCUCAACCCUCUUCUGCAUAUGGAGAAAAAUACAUGGACACAUCCGUGUCUGGGGAGGAAUUCACGCCCAGAGCUAAGGAAUUUGCUUUUUAUCAAGGCUACGCGACCGGCCCUUACCAGCCAGUUACCAGCUAUCUGGAUAUGCCUGUCGUGUCAGGCAUGAGCGGCCCUGCAGAGUCAAGACACGAGCCCCUCUUGCCCAUGGAAAGCUACCAGCCGUGGGCCAUCACUAACGGCUGGAACAGUCAGGUUUACUGCGCCAAAGAGCAGGCGCAGCCAAACCAUAUGUGGAAGUCAUCCAUUCAAGAUGCGGUGUCGCACGCAGGAGACGGCAGCACUUUUCGGCGAGGAAGAAAGAAGCGCGUGCCUUACACCAAGGUACAGCUGAAAGAACUGGAACGCGAAUACGCCACUAACAAAUUUAUUACAAAGGACAAACGAAGACGGAUAUCAGCCCAGACGAACCUGUCGGAGCGACAGGUUACAAUCUGGUUUCAGAAUAGGCGAGUGAAGGAGAAAAAAGUCGUCAACAAAGUGAAGAGCGCAAGUUAG